AUGGCAGCAGUCACACUUCAGCCUGCAUCGCAGCCUCUCUUUUCAUCAGCCGAGCCAGCAAGCUCAGCCUCCCAAACAGCAAUUAUACAGACUUCUUUCGGCCAAAAUUUUACAACUAUUGAUGGGCUCUUGCGAGCCCGAUCCAAUGGCCACUUGGCAAAUGAAGCCAUUGUUGCAUACCCAUCAUCGGGAACUGACUAUGACUACUAUACACCUUACCAAUUAGACAGUUUUGUCGAAGCAGCAUCGGUCACUUUGUCCAAAGUGAUUCCACAACGUCGCUCCUCAGCAGACCCCGUCAAAGUGGUAGGCCUGCUCGGUCCAUCUGAUUUCGAGUAUGCGAUCACUCUUUUAGCUAUUUCCCGCUUGGGACAUACUGUGCUGUUGCUAUCUACACGGAUUGCAGAGGAUGCAUAUGUUAGCUUGGUAGAAAGCACCUCGGCAUCAUUUCUGAUUGUCCACCCUAAGUUUCAAACCAUGGGUGAAAAGGUUUCUAAGAGAACCAGCAUUGUGCUGCACGAGGCUUUAUCCCCAGAAGUAUAUAAAAGCCCUGCAGCUAGAGUGGCCCGGCUACCAUCAGCGUGUCUGGAUGGUACUAAAGAAGCUGCCAAUAUUUGUUGGAUCAUUCACUCGAGUGGAUCGACAGGCCACCCGAAGCCAAUUUAUCAAACUCACUCCGGCGCCCUACGAAAUUAUGCAAACAACUUUGGCCUCCGAGGAUUUAUCACAUUGCCACUGUUUCACGCCCAUGGAAUCAGUUGCCUCUUCCGUGCAAUUCAUUCCCAGAAGCUGAUUUAUAUGUACAAUGCAAAUGUGCCACUGACAGCAUCACAUCUUCUUGCUACACUGCAGGAGCACCAAGAGAUCGAGGUGCUUUAUGCGGUUCCAUACGCCUUGAAGCUCCUCUCGGAGUCGGAGAAUGGCCUGAGGGUUCUCUCACGACUUGAACUUGUCAUGUUCGGCGGCUCCUCGUGUCCAAAGCCCAUCGGCGACACUCUCGUCCAGAAUGGAGUCCGCCUGGUUUCUCACUACGGAACGACCGAAACAGGGCAACUGAUGACUUCGUUCCGAGACCGCUCGGACUUGGACUGGGACUACGUCCGCCCAGGUCCAUCUUUGCUACCAUACCUCCGAUGGGAGGAGCAGUCCCCUGGGAUUUAUGAGCUGUGUGUUUUGGAAGGCUGGCCCUCCAAGGUCGCCAGCAAUCGCCCUGACAACUCAUACGCAACCAAAGAUCUGUUCGAAAAGCACCCAACUAAGCCAAAUGCGUGGCGCUAUUACGCCCGCCUGGACGAUACUCUGGUUUUGGAGAAUGGGGAAAAAGCCAACCCGUUGAUUAUCGAAGGUGUUGCACGGAAUAACCCUCAUGUGGCCGAAGCGAUUGCCUUUGGGGCCAACAAGCCAAGACUUGGGAUGUUCAUAAUCCCAGCAGAAAACAGUUGUGUUCAACACGAGCAGGACCUGGUGGAUUUAGUCUUCCCGGCAAUCGAGAUAUGCAAUGCUGAAUCUCCUGCAUAUGCCUACAUAUCGCGUGACAUGAUCCAUGCCCUGCCCGUAGACGCCGACUACCGCAAGACUGACAAGGGAACUGUUAUCCGCUCUGCAUUCUAUCGUGAUUAUCAGUCACAAAUUGAUCAGAUAUACGAUGUUGAGGUUGCUGGGGGAGACCAGGUUUGCGAAGGCGCCGAGCUGAUCAAUUUCCUUCGCGAGAAACUUGUCGAAGUAGCACCAUCCAUCGAACGAGCCUCAUUGAGAGACACGACUGAUGUUUUCAGCUUGGGAGUUGACAGUUUGCAAUCAAUUCGGCUUCGUACAAUCAUAUUGAAGUCCCUCGAUCUUGGUGGCCAGAGACCAUCUCAGAACUUUGUUUUCGAGAAUCCGUCGUUGCAAGCGAUGGCAGAGACUUUGACUUGCAUGCGUCUUGGCCAGACUGCGAAGGGUGAAGUUCCUGUUGAAGAGCGGAUGUCAGCUAUGAUUGAGAAGUAUAGCGCAUACUUUGAAUCCCAUAUUCCAGUUUCUGGUGAGGAUGACGGCGAACACAUCAUUGUAACUGGCGCGACAGGCUCUUUGGGUGCUCAUGUGGUGGUUCAAUUGGCCCAGUCUAUCUGUGUCAACACUGUCUACUGUUUGGUUCGAGCGACAUCCACUGCCUCUGCACGCCGUCGUGUCCAGCAGUCUUUACGCGCACGAGGCCUGUCAUAUACGCUUACCCCGGCUCAAGCACAGAAGAUUAUCGUGUUACCGGCUGACUUGGGCAACUCCAACCGUUUCGGAAUGGAUGAAGCCUCUUAUACAAUGUUGGUUGAGUCGGUAACAGGGGUUAUCCAUUGUGCCUGGUCAGUGAAUUUCAACUGGUCCUUGGAGAGCUUCGAGGGAAGCUGCAUCGCUGGCACCCGAAAUUUGCUGGAUCUUUGCUUGAAGGUUCGCCGACCCUCUCCUGCCAAAUUCUCUUUUUGUUCCUCGGUCAGCACAGUUGCUCGAACACCGGGUCAUUGGGUCCCAGAGGCUCUUCCCGAAUCCCUCAGCUAUGCACAAGAGAUGGGCUAUGCGCAGUCUAAGCUAGUAACAGAGCAUAUCAUCAACCAGGCCGCCCUUCAAACAGGAAUGACGGCUCGUGUGCUACGAGUGGGCCAAAUUAUUGCUGAUACCAUUCAUGGUAUUUGGAAUGCGACCGAGGCCAUUCCCAUGAUGCUUCAGACAGCAAUGACAAUCAACGCCCUGCCUCAGCUCGACGAUCUUGUGUCAUGGACACCAGUGGAUAUCAUUGCCAAUAGUGUUAUCGAUCUCACUCUGGCGGCAGAUGCAGGACAGAUAGUCAAUCUCACAAACCCAACUCUGAAUCAUUGGACUCGAGACUUGUUGCCGCUUCUGAGGCAAGCAGGUUUGGAGUUUGACGAAUUAAAACCGCGCGAGUGGUUGAACCGCCUUCGAGAUUCAAAUCCUGACCCCAAAGCUAAUCCACCCAUCAAGCUUGUCGAGUUCUUCACCAAUAAAUACGAUCAUGACCGUCCGGGUCGAGUUCUUCUCUAUAGCACCCAGCAGGCUCAAGCUGCGGCACCUGCCCUGCGCCAGGCUGGAGGUCUGACUGCCACGUUGGUGUCACAAUUCAUCAAGUAUUUCCACACUCAAUGCUGGUCAGACGCUUCUCUCUUGAAUCUCUCCACACGUUCCCGGGAGGUGAUAUUCUUGAGCGGGCCCUGUGGAUGUGGCAAGAGCACAGCGGCUCAAGCUCUGACGCAGCGAUUUGAUAUCCCUAUCAUCGAGGGCGACGACUUGCACUCGCACCUUUCGCGACAGAAAAUGACCAAUAACAUUCCCCUGGAGGAUACCGAUCGUUGGGACUGGAUUGCUCAUAUCCGUGGUGCAGUGAUGUACAGGCUACAGAACUCAACAGCUCCUGCCAUUGCAGUUACCUGUUCGGCAUUGCGAGCGUUAUAUCGUGACGAGCUGCGGAAGUUGCCUCAGCUUCUUGAUUUCCCCGUCACGGUCACUUUCUUGGCCCUCACUAUUAGUGAUGAAGCUCGGUUGAAAGAGCGCCUCGUCGCUCGCUCUGCGGAAGAGAAUCAUUAUAUGCACUCAACAAUGGUUGAAUCGCAGCUUGCCAUUCAAGAACCUCCCAUGCGCUUGGAGAGCGAUGUAAUUGUGUUGGAUUCUUGUCAGUCAAAAGAUCGAAUGAUCAAGGCUGUUGAAGAUGCUGUGCAGCACAUUCUGGAGCUCUAG